AUGACGGGGGACCCGUGGGGACCCCUGCGUCCUGAUGAGGGGUUGGAACGUCUCCCAACUCCUCCAGGCUCACCUUACAGGCAUGUCCGCCAAGAUGAAUACAAAACCUCCCUGCACCAGCCCUACAUCCCUCCUAACACCUCACCACACCAGCCCUACAUCCCUCCUAACACCUCACCACACCAGCCCUACAUCCCUCCUAACACCUCACCACACCAGCCCUACAUCCCUCCUAACACCUCACCACACCAGCCCUACAUCCCUCCUAACACCUCACCACACCAUCCUUACAUCCCUCCUAACACCUCACCACACCAGCCCUACAUCCCUCCUAACACCUCACCACACCAGCCCUACAUCCCUCCUAACACCUCACCACACCAGCCCUACAUCCCUCCUAACACCUCACCACACCAGCCCUACAUCCCUCCUAACACCACCUCACCACACCAGCCCUACAUCCCUCCUAACACCUCACUACACCAGCCCUACAUCCCUCCUAACACCACCUCACCACACCAGCCCUACAUCCCUCCUAACACCUCACCACACCAGCCCUACAUCCCUCCUAACACCACCUCACCACACCAGCCCUACAUCCCUCCUAACACCUCACUACACCAGCCCUACAUCCCUCCUAACACCUCACCACACCAGCCCUACAUCCCUCCUAACACCACCUCACCACACCAGCCCUACAUCCCUCCUAACACCUCACCACACCAGCCCUACAUCCCUCCUAACACCACCUCACCACACCAGCCCUACAUCCCUCCUUACACCUCACAGGCUCCUCCAUGA